AAAAAGUAUCAAAAGCCAAAAUGGCAGAGGUGAACGUGAACAGAAACGGAAACUUUUCGUUAUUUUCGUGAAUUUCCUCGAUUUGCAAACACUCGUGGCCCCACUGAAGCGUUCAUAAGUAACCCGUGCGUUCCUAAAAGUUUUUACCGAAUUUUAGGCAUCGGAUAUCGCGAUCGCGUGUUUUUAUCAUAAGCUUGGUCCUCCAAGCCACAUCUUUUUCUUUAAUCCUUUAAUAAUUUUCUGUAGGUGAAUUCUCUGAAAAGAAUAAUCGUGUAGUGUAUAAAAUGUCGUAUCCAGGACGGCCCCCCAUUAUGCAGGGCAUCUCAAUGUUUGCCCUACCUAUUAGUGCACCACCCACCAACCUUAUGCCUCCUGUUAUGCCCAUUGUUACUGGGCCACCUCAAAUUAGAGGGUACCCCAAAAUGAACCCUCGGAAAGAGCAGAUCAAUCAAGGACCAGCAGUAACAGUUUUUGUUGGUAAUAUAACAGAAAGGGCUCCAGAUACCAUGAUAAGACAAAUCUUGGCUGCCUGCGGUCAAGUUAUAAGCUGGAAAAAAGUGAAGGCAUUUGGUUUCUGUGAACUAGCGGGUCCAGAUGCUGGUCUUCGAGCAGUAAGGCUUCUGCAUGACCUUAUGGUUUAUGACAAAAGAUUGGUGGCUAAAGUUGAUGCAAAAACUCAAGCAGUUCUGGAUGAGUAUAAAGCUGAACGCCAUAAAAAGAAAGAAAGGUCUUCUCCAUUACAAGAUGAACAGGAAGAAGAGGAGUUAGAUGAAGAGACUCAGUAUUUAGACUCUUUGGCGAGGGAGAGAAUCAAGCAAGUUCUGGCUGAUUAUCAAGAAGAAAUGAAGAAUUAUGAUGAUAAAAAAGUUGGUCUGGCGAGUCAAGUCACAACCGCCUGGAAUAAAGUACUUGCCGAGGCCGAAGUGGAAGAAGAAAAACGCGACCUAAUCCGCAAAGAAAUCGGUAAAUUCCGGGAAAUUAUGAAGAAACAAGAGGAGGAGCGAGAGGUGAAAAAGAAGGAGAAGAACAGAGAACCGACCGAGCGGUCCGCAUCACGUUCCCCCACGCCCUCCAAACGGAAGGAGAAGAAGAAGAAAAGGUCUCGGUCUAGAUCUCAGAACCGAAACAGUCAUGACAGAAGUCGAGACCGUUCACGUACCCGCGAACGUGAACGCGAAGAAGAACGCGAGAGGGAGCGAGAAAAAAAGCGCGAGAGAGACAGAGAGCGUGAGAGGGAACGUGAACGAGAGAGAGAACGCGACAGGGAGCGGGAAAAAGAAAAGGACAGGGAACGGGAGAGACAAGACAAGCUCAGUACCAAGGAACUGCUACGUGAAAAAGAGAUCGAAGAGGAGGCGAAGGAGAGAAAAAAGGCAGACAGGAGAGCGAGAGAAAAGGAAGCAGCUUAUCAGGAACGAUUAAGAAUGUGGGAAACUAGAGAACGGAGGAAAGCGAAGGAGUACGAAAAAGAACGGGAGCGGGAGCGUUUGAAAGAAGAAGAACGGGAGAGGGAUGCCAAAAGACUCAAGGAGUUCCUGGAGGAUUACGAUGACGAGAGGGACGACGUGAAGUUUUACAAGGGAAGAGAGUUGCAACGCAGGGUAGCGGAGCGUCUAAAAGAAGCCGAAAGCGACACCAAGGACCGCCUGAAAGAAAAAGAGGAAAUGGAGGAACUGAGACGGCGAAUAUUCGCCGAGGACCACGAGGAUCCCAACGAGGCGUUCGAAAAGGCUAAGAAGGAACGCGAGGACCAGUACAGACCGAAACUGUUAAUAGACGUCAACUUGGAGCAUUGGAAGCAAAAAGAGAAAGAAAAAGAGCGAGAGCUGGAGAGACAGAAGGCGAGGGAGCGUGAGAAGCACCGCGAGAUGGAGAGAGACAGACGGCAUAGGGAGGAAAGGGAGAAGUACGUGGUGGCGCAGGCGGCAAAAGAACUGGAGGCUGUGGAGGCGGAACCGAUUGAAAGUGAGAGUGACGACGAUAUGGACACGAAUAAUUUUAGUCCGCCGGCACCUCCUGAGCCGGAACCGGAGUCCGCAUCGAAUGAUAAUUCGGAUUCUGCACAAUGGACCCAAGUGCAAGCUCCAGACGAAGAUUCCAGACAGUCAUUUGUCUCCCAGCAGGAUCAGUCGCCCACACCAACGAAUAUUGGCAUGAAAAUUACGCUCUCUAAGCCGAACGCUUUAAAUAAUGCACUCUCACCGACGCAAGGUCGCACAGAUUCGAGGAAAAAGAAAAUCGACCUCAGGGACGUGUUCAAUCCUGACGAGGACGACACAAACACCGCAUUGAAAAAACGAAAAUUGGUUCCUUUGGACUACAACGAGGACAAAAAGAGUAAAAAAGACAAAGAGGAAAAGAAGGCGGACGAGGCGAAAUCCCAAGAGGAGAAACGGAAACACAUCAAGACGUUGAUCGAGAAAAUCCCGACGGAAAAGGAGGCGCUGUUCGCGUAUAAACUCGAAUGGACCCAGAUCGAUAAUUCGUUGAUGGAGCGCAAAAUACGGCCGUGGAUCAAUAAGAAAAUCAUCGAAUAUAUCGGGGAGCCGGAGCCGACCCUGGUCGAUUUUAUUUGUAAUAAAGUGCUGGCCGGGUCUUUACCACAAACGAUAUUGGAGGACGUACAAAUGGUGCUGGACGAGGAAGCAGAGGUGUUCGUAGUGAAAAUGUGGCGGUUGCUUAUUUACGAAGUCGAAGCUAAAAAAUUAGGUCUGGCCAAGUUAUAAAUAUUAUUUUGGAUAUUGUGUAAAUAUAAAUAAUUGUCUUAAGUUUCUUAUCGCAUUAAUAAACCGAGUACCAUAUUUA